AUGAAUUUUUUUGCUAUGAAGUCUGAAGAAUGUCAUGUUUUUGUAGAGUGUCCACCUGGCUACACUGCAGACAAAGCUUCAUGCUUCAAGGCGUACAACCAAGACAAGACCUACAGUCAGGCCAGACAGGUGUGUGCAGCGGACGGGGGACUCCUCGCCAUGCCGAAGGACAGAGAGGUGGACAACUUCUUGAGGGACCUCAAGAACGCCGUGGAUCCCAACUCUCCUUUCUGGUUCGGCCUGAACAAUCAGAACGGAGAGGAAGGGUGGGCGUGGGAAGAUGGGACUCCAUACAGCACAACCGUACACUGGACUGGAUGGCAGCCGGGUGAACCUGACAACAACGGAGGAGAACAAUGUGUAAACCACUUCGGGACCGGAUGGAACGAUGCGCCGUGCUCGUCUGCUCACAAGUUCAUCUGCCAGCUGAAUGAGGCGGUCCAAUGCCCCCUCGGGUACUUCCGGUGCGGACACGGACAUGCCUGCACCCUGACCUGGAGGCGGUGUGACGGGAGGACGGACUGUUCGGACGGGAGUGACGAGGACGGUUGUGAGUGCCUGCCGAUUCCUGGGGAUUUCAACCUCGGCAUCAGGCUAGCGAUGCUGCCCAAUCAGCUGGGUCACACGACGUUUCAGGAGAUACGAAAUUCCUCUGCCAUGGACCUGCUCAGUUCGGCGAGCAACACAAAGGACCGACACCCUGAGUUCCAGGAGUUUGCGUCUACAGUCAUCUUUCCGCGUUGUUUUGUCUGCGAAGAGAAAAUCACCAACUUCUCUUCGUCUCUACAUGCCAACAACACCACUCCGUGCGCAAACACAACACUGCUACCGUGCCGAUCGUGGUGUGAGGAAGUCCUGAACAUGGCUGAUGCAGAAAUAAAGAGCCGGUUCCCUACAUGUGACUUGUUUUCGCCACCACAACACCGCUGUUGGAACCCUGAACCAGAAAAGAGGAACAACGAAGUUUGCUUCCACGGUAACGGCAUGAACUACCGUGGUGCAUGGAGUACCACCAAAUCCGGGGCAGGGUGUGUGAACUGGUCCGCUGCGCAGGCUGACUUCUACAGGAUCGAGUACCCCUGGGCCGACAUAAACAACAACUACUGCCGUAACCCUGCCGGUCUGGAGCGGCCAUUUUGUCUGCUGGAAGAUGGCAGCCAGCAGGAAUGUGACGUCAUUCCGUGCAAUGCAGACGGCUGCUGGGACAUGGGACCUCCAAACUACGGCAGCAGAAGCCCUGUGAAGAGGUUCUACUACGUGGGAGAAAGAGUCGCCUUCACCUGCAACGAGGGGUAUUCCCUCAAGUUCGGGUAUACCAGCGAAGUGAGAUGCAAUGAAGGAGGCAUCUGGCAAUAUGACAAGCCCAGUUGUACAGUGAAUAUCAAGGGUAGGCUGGAAGAGGAUGUACUCGUUGUGUACAUUCCAAACCUGGCACCCGAGACGGAGAACCAUACCCGGCCCGUAAUCAGCUUUAACGGAUCUAUAGAACUGAUCGUGGACUUGGAGGAAAAGAAGGAGCUGCUGGUUGCCUCUUUAGUCAUCGACUUCACAUGGCAGGACAGCCGGCUGAGCUGGGAUCCAAAGUACUACCACAACAUUUCGAGUUUUAGCGUCCCGGGCAGCAGCAUCUGGACCCCUACACUUACUCUGAAGAGGAACGCUGAUCCUUUGUACCAAGGCCUACCAAAGGACGUACCGGUCCGGGUUAGCAGCAAUGGCCAGAUAACCUGGAGGGUAGAAACCCUGACCACCACCGUGUGUGAUGCAGACCCCUUCUACUUCCCUGCCGACACCAUGGAAUGCGCCAUCUGUUUCUCUGCAUCCUCUGCAACUGAGCAAACCAUCGAAUGCCGAGAGGGAAGUCUCUGUAACGUCCUGUCUACUGCACGUCAGGAGGGCGAAUGGUAUCGGAAGGACAUGUUCUUCUCAAAAGGUAACACGGAGGCGUGCUUCACUGUUCAGCUGGAGAGGAUCCCGCUGUUCCACAUCGCCACUACUGUUGGACCCUGCGUCAUCCUGGUGGUGCUGAUGACCAUCACCUUCGUCAUGCCCAUCGACAGGGGAGACCGGAUCUCCUUCGGAGUGACCAUUCUCCUUUCCAUGGUCGUGACUCUCGUGUUUGUCACGGAUGUUCUGCCUGUCAAGGGGGCACUGCCGUUUUUCGCCACGCUGAUUGUCGUGUGGAUGGCGCUGAUGGGAGUUUUCCUCUUCAUCACCAUGAUCGUCAUCACCAUCCACGACAGGGAGGGGAGUCUGUCUCCUAGGGCGAAGACGUUCUUUCUCUGCUACAUGGCGAAGUUCCUCCUGCUCGGAGACCUGACAGUGAAGGAGGCUGCAGGUGAAGAUGAUGAGACUGGCCCGAACGGCUUUCUGACCGAUGACAUGGCAGAGGUGGACGUAGAAAGCCCGGCUAAUCUCCGUGAGACAACCCGCCAGCCUCCCGUGUCGCCCGCGCCGCCCGCGAGCCUGGAAGUCGCCGGCUUCCAUUCAGAGUCGACAGACGUUUACUUAAAACGUCUGUCGACUUACUUAAAGGCCUCGUCCUUUGGCAACUUUAGGAAGCUAGUAACCUAA